AUGUUUACCCGGCAAUCCCGUUUCCUUCGAACUCUACCCACCUCUGGGCCUUCAGCCUCCAGACUGGUUGCUAGCCCCGCUGUAUCGCAGAGGAGGUACAAGUCGACCGAUCGAUCAUCGCGAAUCCACACUUCCUCCACUCAGAAUGCUCCUAGAGAAGCAGCGCCAAGAGAUAAAGGAAUAUCGCUCGAGGCUAAAGACAGAGUAAGAGCACACAUCAGAACCCUCCAAUCAAGUGCUAUCACCGGUGCUUCACCUGCUGUACGACCUGCUCCAGCCCAGCAUUUCCAGACCCCUUCUCCUGCCCAAACUAUCCCCAAGAACACCCCUACCUACGAAAGUGAGACUGGUACGCAGAUCAAGAAUGGACUUGAUUACUCCUUUGUCGGUCUUUCAGGUGGUCAGAUCUUCCACGAGAUGAUGCUUCGACACGAUGUCAAGCAAGUCUUCGGUUACCCCGGUGGAGCCAUCUUACCCGUAUUUGACGCCAUCUACAACUCACCUCAUUUCGAAUUCGUCUUACCUCGACACGAGCAAGGUGCUGGGCACAUGGCCGAGGGUUACGCCAGAGUAUCUGGUAAACCCGGUGUCGUCCUUGUCACUUCCGGUCCCGGAGCUACCAACGUUAUCACCCCCAUGCAAGACGCCUUAUCGGAUGGUGUACCAAUGGUUGUCUUCUGUGGUCAAGUGGCCACCAACCUGAUCGGAUCAGAUUCGUUCCAAGAAGCAGACAUGGUCGGAAUAUCUCGAAGUUGUACAAAAUGGAAUGUAAUGGUUAAAGAUAUCGCCGAGUUACCUCGAAGAAUAAACGAAGCUUUCAAGAUCGCUACUACCGGUCGACCAGGUCCAGUCUUGGUUGAUCUACCAAAGGACGUUACAGCUGCUAUCCUACGAACUCCUGUCCCAGCCAAAUCUGCUCAACCAGGUUCAUCCCCUUACCUCCCUUCUAGCCCCCUGAAUCCUACCAAUUCUACCGCUCCUAUCCCCGGAGAACCAUCCCUGAUCGCCGCUGCAGCCAAGAUGAUAAAUAAGGCCAAGCGACCAAUCGUCUACGCAGGUAAUGGUGUACUCGCCUCUCCAGAAGGUCCAAAAUUACUCAAGCAACUUUCUGAUCUCGGUAGUAUACCCGUAACCACCACUUUACAAGGUUUAGGUGCUUAUGAUGAGCGAGAUGAGAAAUCCCUACACAUGCUUGGUAUGCACGGUUCGGCUUAUGCAAACUUUGCCAUGCAAGAGGCAGAUGUCAUCAUAGCUUUGGGUGCUAGGUUCGAUGAUCGAGUAACUGGAAAAGUCGAUACCUUUGCUCCUGCCGCCAAAGCGGCUGCUCAAGAAGGUACAGGAGGUAUCAUCCAUUUCGAAAUCCAACCUAAAAACAUCAACAAGAUCGUCGAAGCUCAGAUCCCAGUUCUCGGUGAUGUCGUUGCAUCUCUUGGUCAACUCUUACCCCAGAUCGAAGCUGUUGAUAGAUCAGCUUGGAUAGCAAGGUGUAGAGCCAACAAAGAGAGAUACCCAUUCACUUUCACCCCUUCGGCUGAAGGUCAGAAAUUGAAACCUCAAGAAGUCGUACAGGAGCUGAACAAACAAGCUGAGAUUAUUGGAAAGGAGAAAGUCAUUGUCACCACUGGUGUAGGUCAACAUCAAAUGUGGGCUUGUCAGUAUUACAGAUGGACCGAACCUCGAUCAUGGGUAUCUUCCGGUGGUCUCGGUACGAUGGGUUUCGGUUUACCUUCUGCUAUCGGUGCCAAGGUUGCUGCUCCCGAGAAGGUCGUCGUGGAUAUCGAUGGUGAUGCUUCGUUCUCUAUGACUGCUAUGGAAUUGGCUACUGCGAGUCAAUACAACAUCGGUGUCAAAGUUUUGCUAUUCAACAAUGAGUUCCAAGGUAUGGUAGAGCAAUGGCAGGACCUAUUCUACGAGAACCGAUACUCCCACACUCGAAUGACCAACCCCAAUUUCGUAAAAUUAUCUGAAUCGAUGGGUGCCAAAGCUCUGAGAUGUACCAACCUGAAAGAUCUACCUGCUAUGAUGAAGGAGUUCUUGGAGUAUGACGGUACGAGACCUAUCGUCAUGGAAUGUAUCGUCUCUUCGGAACAUGUUUAUCCUAUGGUUCCUGCUGGAAAGGCCUUACAUGAACAGAUUCUCCACCCUCUCCUCAGGACAAAAUCAAAUUAA